AUGUCUGCUCUCUCCAUCAGCAGCAGUACCAGCACCGAGCACCAAAACCUCGUGUUUGUGAGUCCCCGCGAAGGCCUAGUCUCGAUCUCAAACCUCCCGACAAAGAACCCAGCUACGAGCGCGGGUAUACUCGCGCAGUACGCCGACCACAACUACACCGGCAUCAACCCGCGUUCUCUCGCGCAGCAGCCGCGGUCUCGUACCGACGAGUCUGGUACGUCGACAGUGGACGGCGGGGUAGCAUCAGCAGCAGCGGGUUCAAACAGGCAGAUUGACGAGAACUUGGGGCUUGCGUCCGGGGUCGGCAACGCGAUUGAAGGAAUCGCGGGGCAUUUGAACGGGCAGUCGGGAAAAGACAGCGUGAGGAGCGCGGCGAAAGCGAGCGAGUAUGAGGAUCAUCGCGCGUCGGCGAUGUAUGCGUCGCAGUGUAAUCAGUAUCUGACUGCCAUCGUGCGGUUUACAAAGAUGGAGUUUAAUCACGGUCUGGGAUUUCAGGAGCUAUAUCAUCGAGCACUUGCUUGCUUGGGUAAAAAGCUAUCUGAAUUCGCUCUAGCUGACGCAUUAACCAUGAUCUCAAUCAACAAAAGCAACUACAGAGGCUACUGGAUCGCAGGCCUCGCCUACGAAAGACUCUCCAAACUCGACGAAGCCCGCGACAUCUACGCCACCGGCGUCUACGAAAUCGACGAGCUCGUCCGCCAGCACGGCCGCAGCUUCUCCGGCCUCGUGUCUGGAAAACUCGUCCUGAACGGCUGCAUGCGGUCACUGGACGCGCGCAUUGCCGCCAGAGAUGAGGAGUUGUUGAGUGGUGGGGGCGGAGUAAAUGCUGAGGAUGAGUGUAUGUCGGUGUCUGAGCUUGCCGGCGAGAUUUCAAUGCUUUCGAUAUCUACGCCGCCGCCGCAACCAGUCCCAGUCAACGAAUCGUCCACCCCUUCCUCGUCCCUAUCCUCAUUCUCAUCCUCUCUCUCCUCCUCCACUUCCUUCUCCUCAGUCUCACCCUCAACACCAACACCACCCUCUCCCCACCCCUCCCUCUCCGGCCCCAAAGUCGACCCAUCGACAGUCCUCCCUCUCGAACUCCUGAUCCAAAUCCUCGACUACGUCCCACUAACCUUCCGCACCGCCGUCCAGCUCGAAUCCCUAAACCGCACCUGGCGCACCGCCGUCCGCGCCAUCCCGCGCUUCUGGCAAAAGCUAGACCUCCGCGCUAUAAACUGGCAGCACGUAUCCCCGCGCCUGCUGCGCGAGUACGUCGAUGCCGCGGCUGCGACAGCGGCGGGGACGAGCGCGCGGGGCGUGAGGAAGGUCAAGAUAGAUUGGGUGAUGAGGAACGAUGAGGAGGUUGACAACCCUGUCGGGGUGGGUCGCGUCGAAGGCGCUAUCGCGGGGUUUGACACGCAGUUCGAUGAGCGAUGGUACGAGCUCGUGUGGUGGACCGCCGCAAUCUACCGCGAGCAAAAAUCUGCUGCUGCUGCUGCUGCGCUAGGAGAAAACCUCUCGACUAACGACUGCAUCUUCGAACUCACCCCAUGCAUCCCCUUUCUCUCUCGCCACCGCCCGCUCCAAGACGGCAUGCUCGCGGUGCAAUGGGGUCCCACAGAGCAAUUCAUUGUGCCGCAGACCGCGGUCGCACCGCUGCUUGAGACACUCGCGCUGCGGAAUAAUCGGCCGGGGAAUCUGUGGGUGCUGCGGAUCCAGCGGUUGAUGCUGAUGCUGGAACGGUGGGAUGGUGGGAUGGAGGCGCCGUGGGAACGGAAAGGGUUUGAAUGUGAGGUGUAG